AUGGAUAAAUCCUUAACCCCUGAAUAUUUGGACUGGCAUGCUAAAUUGGUUGAUUCACCAAGUCAUUUGACAGAUAAAAUCUGUUCAAGCUUAUAUAGUGCAUAUAUAGAAGAGACUGGGCUUGAUCCCUGGAUAAAGUCUGAAGCUCCUGAAUCCUCACAAAUCAAAAAGGGUGCUGUGAAACUUUUGAUUGCUACUGAGGCUGAGAAAAAAAGAUGGAGCAUGGGAUGCUUCCGUGGUGAUUUGGAGAAAGAUAUAC